UGCAGACUGCUUCUACAAACAUUGGUGAAAGAACUGGGCAAUAAGUCCAUCCGUGACAUUUCCUGGCUACUAAAUAUUCCACGCUCAACUGUUAGUGGGAUUAUAACAAAGUGGAAGCAACUGGGAACAACAGCCACUCAGCCACCAAGUGGUAGGCCACGUCACAUGACAGGGCGGGGUCAGCGCAUGCUGAAGCGCACAGUGCGCAGAAGUCGCCAACUGUCUGCAGAGUCAAUAGCUAAAGACCUCUAAGCUUGGUGUGGCCUUCAGAUGAGCCCAACAACAGUGCGUAGAGAGCUUCAUGGAAUGGGUUUCCAUGGCCGAGCAGCUGCAUUCCAAGCCUUACAUCACCAAGUGCAAUGCAAAGCGUCGGAUGCAGUGGUGUAAAGCACGCCGCCACUGGACUCUAG